AUGCUAGGCGGAACAAAUUUCCUAUUUGACAACGAUGCCGACGAAGAAGAAGGAAUCGAUCCUCAACGAAUCGUCGAGGAUGAACAUAACAUAGUGAAAGAGUUCUGUUGUGCCAUCUGUCAAGGAGUUCUAUGGAAACCGAGAUCAUGUGCAUCUUGUCAGCAUCUAUUUUGUAAGAAAUGUAUUCGCAUAUGGUUAACAAUCAACCUUAACAUAUGUCCAUUUCGCUGUUCGCCAUAUGAAGAGAAGCGUGCACCACCGUACAUUCAUUCCCUUCUAGGUCGUUUAACUAUUCGAUGUCGAAACAGCGCAUUUGGUUGCGGAGAGAUUCUCUCCUACGAUCAACUGGAGCGACAUCAAACCAUAGACUGUCAGUUUUCAACAAGACAAUGCCAUGUCUGUGGAAAUUUUGUAUCAAAAGAUGAAUUUGAUCAGCAUCAGCCUAUUUGUGAGCCAACAACAAUCGAAUGUUUUCUUUGUAAAUGUUCAAUCGAACCAAAAUCAUGGCAACAACACAUGACAAGCUGUUUGAAAAGAAAAUUUAAUUUCAUUGUGGACGAAAUUUUGCCAGCCAACGAUCCGUUUCUCUUUCAACAAGAAGACAAUGCCAACAAUCGGUUUAUGCAACUUAACAUUCGUUUACAACAAUUCCUAUCAGCCAUGCCCAAGAUUGAUCUGAUUGGCUAUGAUAGAUUCAUCCGAAGUCGACAACAGAACAUAUGUCUUCGUAUAUGGUCUACAUUUCAAUUGAUUCUUCAUAACAAAUGGCAAACAGCACAAAUCAUCAUGCUUCUUCUUUGUUUUGGAAUCGGAUGUAUGGCAGGAAUAUCAUUCAGUUUGUUUUUAUACACAAUGAAACAACUAGAAAUCUUGCCGUAUCGAUCCAGUGCGAUUAUUAUUCUCGUUAGUGGUCUGCUUAGUUUUACUAUUCCAUCUUUGUUAGCAUCUGUGGGUAAUACAUCAUUGAUAAUCUGUAUUGCUCUCGUUUUAAUGUUAAGCAGUUUAAUGUUUUCAGAUCUACCGGUAGAAUAUUUUCGAAUACAUAUUUCAAGUAUUCAAUUGUUAAUUCUGUAUAUAAUUCUAUUUCUUCUCGUUGAACUCACUCUCUUUUUCAUACGUUUCUAUUUUGACUACCUACCCCCUUAUAUAUCCGCAGGUUGCUCAGCAUGGUUAGUCAUUUUCUGUACAUUUCAAAUGCGUGCUUAUUAUUAA